CUCGAGUCAUCGCUAUGCCCGAUGGGAUGCCACGCCUGGGCAGCCUGGACAUGCGGCAAACCACCGGCAGCUGGCGGCCACAAGGUCGAGAGAAGACGCGAUGGCAUCUCCCACAAGCAGUGCAUGGAUCGCCGUCAGGUGAAGCCUUCCCAGGCAAAGGGUCAGGGAAGACGUCGACGAGAACGAACGCUUUCAAUUCCACCGGAGACUUCAAGCGUCUCCGCAAGAAAAUGACGGCUAUCCACUCGGACGUGUUGUUAGCGCAAGUUGCUUCGCCCAAGACGCGCCUGCCGCUGUGGCCCAGGCGUCCGAUCGACGGCCGAGGUCCGGCGAAAGAGGACGAGUUGAAAAGGACAGCUUCUCAUCCUGUGAAGCUUCCGUCUGCGUCAGCCUCUCACCCGGUGCCUCAGCCGCCGUCGACGCCAGCGCAGCCAGUGCCAGCGCAGCCAGCGCAGCCGACCCCAGCGGCACCUGCGACGGAGGCAUCUGACGCCGUGGAGGGGCUGCAGCUGAUGGGACCUUUGCGACACAAGGCCGAGAAGGCCGAGAAGAUCGAGAGGAAUGAGACGGUGCCCAGCAACAAGCCAGUUGGCAAGGAAGGGCCGAGCUGCGAUCUCCCAGAGCCCAUCAAGUGGCGAGCAGGCCCAUUGGUGCCGAGUGUGGAUGAUUGUUUGGAUCGUUAUUAUACCGACUUGGUCCCUGCCGAAGAUGUGCAGAGGAUGCGAGUGAUUUUUUCGCGCUUUUCCAAUUCCAAUUUCGAAAUCACCAAGGAGGAGCUCCCAGAACUCUUGGGUCGCCUCUGCUUUUUCCUGGUGACGGCAGAGAAGUGCAAUCAGAUUGCCAAAGAGUCGACACAGUUCGAGGCCCUGGAUUUCAAUGACUUCCAGGAUUUCUACGAGCGCUAUGCACACUACGAACGGCAGAACCUCCACGGGAGAUUGAAAAGGUGGCGUCCCAAUCCCUACGCCCGAGAAGAUGCCGAUUUCGCCCUGCAAAACAUUCGACAAACCAUGCGGCCCUUCAGUGUGGUAUCCACUUCAAAUACAAUGAAUGACAUCCGAGAAGUGGCAGGUCUUAAGCGACAUGACUGCGACCAUGCCCUUGCCCUGAUUCGUUUCCUUGCAGCUUAUCGAUCCUGUGAAGGUUUCACCGUGGCAGAACUGGAGAAGCUGACAGAAGCAUUCCAUCACUGCGAAAGUGAUGUAGUGAAUCUGGGACCUGAAGGCCGACUGAUCCGAAGUACGGAGCUGGCAAGGGGCCUCUUGCGCUUUGGGGGACUCUAUUGUAUAGAUCACUUGCAAGCGCUGAUCCAUAAUCAGUCGCGACACUUCGCAGAGAAGACGCACGGUAUUUGCUUCUACGAGUUCCUGGUGAAUGCACGACAGCUACGACAGAUGGAACUUUCGGAGGUUGCAGGAUAUUUCAACUCAUUGGACACAGACAAGGACGGCUUCAUCUGGGGUCAGGACCUACAGGCACUCUGUAAACCUCUGGGCUUUAGUCUCUUAACUGCGGAGCUCAACGAACUCAAGGGCAACAAGGGCGUCACAGACGAUUCUCGCCUUUCCUUCGAUGCUGCGUAUGACUUUGUGAUCUACGUGCGAGAGAGGAAUGGCUUUACACAGAAUGAGAAGGCGGAGUUUCUGAAGACUUUUGAUCACUUUUGUAAGGCCAAUAACGAAAUGCCCACGCUGCAGGUGAUGGAACUUCUCUCUUGGCAGGGCUUUAAAAAUCGGGUGGAGGACGUGUGGAAGAUGGUUCAGCAGGUGGAUUUCAAUGAGAAUGGCACCAUGGAUGCGACGGAAUACCUUCGCUUGAUGCGUUUGCAGAAGGAGGUGAAGUUAUCCGUCUACCGCAAGGUUUUUCAGCGACGUGAAUUGAGUACGACGGCCAUCACCAAGGAUUUACUGAAAGAUGCUUUCCUCGAAGCGGACCUGAAUGCGCCGCCACGUCUCGUGGAAGAGGCCUUCAUCAGCUGCAUCUCGGAACAGGGGCAGGUGUCCUCAGGCCUCUCUUGGGAUCUCUGGGUGAGAGUUGCGGAGCAGAUCCGUAAGUUGAUCCCCGUGGAGAACCGGAAACAGGCCACCUUCAGUGAUGCCGAGCUGGAUCAGCUGAGGACAGCCUUUAAUCUCCAAAGUUCCGAUGGCUUUGUGUCGAAGGGCCAGCUAUUGUGGAUGCUGGCAGACUCCGGGAUGCCGGUCAACAAGGCCAGUGGACGACGAGACUUAUACCUGAGCCUGGAUCGAGCCCGGAGGAAAGCGCUGGAUGCCGGGGUCCCAGAGGAGGAUGUGGGUCAAAUUGGCAGCCCCCGCAUUCGCUUCUUCCCGGUGGUUCACUUGGCGCGGGCCUUUCUCAAGAACUUGACCCAGAAAGUCUUGGAACGGGAAGAAGCGGCAAUGAGGGCCGUGCGCUUCUCUUCCACGGAAGUCAUGGAACUUCGCCACCUCUUUGAGCGUGAGGCGCAGGAGUGUAUCAAGGAGGAGCAACAACAUGACAAGGAGGACGAGCCACGCAGUCUGGGCACCGUCAUUCGACUCUUGGGUCAAGAAGCUCGGGUGCCCAUCAGCCGCGUCAUUCUGAUGACCGCACGCAUCGGGGCUCGCAUCAAGAUUUCGCAAAAGGAGGAGCUGUAUUUCAAGAUCCGAGAGCUUUGCGUCCAGGACCCUGGGGAAACACAUCGAGGUAUCGACUUCCCGUGCUUCCUGCAGCUGAUGCAAUGGAUGUUGGACUGCAACUUUGGCGAUAUCAACUCGGCGGCUGAGCGAUCCCGCUGACACGGCGAUUGAGAUGAUUGCAGAUGUGCCCCAGGGCGCUGAAACGAUUCCCAAUCUUUAGCGUCGCCGGGUACGGCUCCGUAAACGCAGGGGCUGUCCCAGCACCCCGCGCGCCUCUGGACGUCCAAGAUGGCCAGAGCCGUGUCACUGGUCGAGUGUGUACAGAGCAUAUCCAAAUGUCUGCAGCCACAGAAGCUACAUUGUGCUACAAUUCCAC